AUGGACAACAGCAUCGCAGGCCAUUGUCUACUUCGUUCAGCUCAUUGAGCAUGCAUUCCAGGGUGCAGCGGUCAAGAGCUGAGCUUGCUCUCGCUUCCCAAAAAGAGUCGCACUGAAUCAAGCUUUACGGGCGAUGUGCUGUCCAGCUGAUCUAAAUACGACGAUGAACAGAGUAAAUAUGAAGGCAGCAUUGCCGUACUCGUCGUUGGCAGGCCGUACGAAAUUUGCAGUGUCGUUAAAGGAGCUUUGUUCGAAACAAUGCGAAGUUCGCACUGCUUCGCAAUAUCCCUUGUAUGCGUUGCGGUGGCAUGCGCGACGAUAGCAAGCUCUCAGGAAACUGAAGAUCACAACAAGCCCUCUCCAAGUGGACAUUGGCACGAUUAUGAGGGAUCACGGCAAGAUUUGCGCUUCCAAUGGUCUUCUUCAGAAUGCGAUAGCUGGACCUCAACGCCAAAGCAAUCAUUGCAUCAACAAAUUCCAACUGCAAGCUGGUCUCAGGUACCAGCGACUUCAAACUCAUACUUCCCGCCAUCGGGCAGCAGCGCUUAUAGCAUAGCUUCGAGUGCCCAUCUAUCUAGCUCGGCUCUCUCGACUUCAAGCUCCGUGGUAUGUUUGACACGGACAGUUACAACAGUUGGCGGCUGUCCGUCUAGGUCUCCGAAUACUCUCACAAUUACGAAGACUUAUCAGCCCAUCUGUGGGGUCGGCACGACGUAUUACCAGAACUUCACAACAGAAUAUUUUACCUCGCAAUACAACAUCUACACAAAUUGCACCAUCUCGAAUGUUACUUCAACCGUGUUGUCUACCCUUACCAGCACCUCUAUCGUCCCUGUGCCAGUCACUAUUGCUUCAAUCACAAUUACCACAACUAUGGUCUUCACUUCCAUCUCAUACAUCGGCUCCGUUACGAAAACUGUUUCUAUUCCAACCCUCACUAUACUAGGUUCAUUAACUACGUUGAGCAUAACCCGAACGUCUACGACUACGCUUGAGACGAUUACUACCACCGUUACGAAUCCUAAUUUAACUGUAACAACGACGGAUGCAGUAGAGACUACUACUGUUACAGACCCAACUUUGAUCUCAACGAUCACAUCUGCUGGCUCCACCUUGACUGUCUUCAAUCCAGAAUUGACAUACACAACAACGCUGCUUGGCAGCAUUUUUACUACGACGGUGGCUAGACUCACAACAACUAGUACAGCAGCAGGAAGAACAACGACGAUAAUAAAAACCUCCAUAUCAGCCGCAACUCUCGAUAACCCCAGCAUUAUCACGAGCACCAUCCGUGUUCCAGGCGAGACUACGACAUUGACAAUUACGCAGGCAAGCAUCAUCGCGACCUCAAUUUCCACCACUCGAGUGCCGGGAGAAACUUCAACUCUCACUAUUUAUUCCACAGUAGCUUCCACGACCGUGACGGAAAGUCACGCGUCAACUACAACGUUCGUGCCGGGCCUGAUUACGAACACUCUGAUACCCGAGUGCCACACAAACCACGACUACGACAUCGCAAUCGUCGUGCUCAUAAUUGUGUUUGGCCUGCUGUUCUUGCUUCUGCUAGCCGCUCUGUUUUUCCUUUGGCGAAGACCGUACUGCGCUAGCUGUCAUCGCCGACACGCGCCGAAUCCAGCCGCCUGUCCGAACACAAAUGAACCGGGAGACGGAAAUGCCACCCCUCCUGACACAUCAGAGCUAGUGCCUGGCAUGGGGAAGUACGGAGGACUAUCUGACACACACGCACAGACUGCACAAGCAGGAUCUGGGCCGUCUCCAGAUGCCCCAGCACCUGCAGCACCUUCGGGUUUCGGGGGAUCAUCAAAUGCACCUGCACCCCUCGCAUCUGGCGAAUACGGAACUGAUUCUGCUCGGCCAGUUGGGUCUGCUUCUCCAACUUAUUGAUGGACGAUGUAAGCAGCAUGUGUUUCUUUGGCUGUAGCGUAAUUAACCUAUAGGCUUUCUUUUCUAAUCUGAUGGAGGACGACAUAAGUUGUGGUGAUUUUACUUUGUUACUACUACUCAAUAAUCGUGAUUUUUGUUUACUCAUACGGUCAAC